AGAUCACAUUACCAGUUUCUCACCAUAAAGUCACCCAAAAUAUUAUUUUAUUACAAUAAAAAAAAUUCCAAUUUGUUGAUUUGAUCAGCAAUGGAAGGACUAGUAAAGGGCAUGUUGAAUGUGGCUUUGGGCAAUGAUGAAAAUGAUGGAAACAAUCAAGAUCGUGAUGAACGGUCAAGAUCCACUUGGGCGCAAGUGGUGUCUGGGGAGCAGGAAGAUGAUGGACUUAACAGUGAUCAUAGACAUGGAUAUAAUAGAGAGGAAGAGAGAUAUGGGAGAAAUGAGGAGUCAAGGCCUUACAUGAUGCCCCAAAAGGCUUCACCUCAGGGGUACGAAAGAAAUGAAGAUGAGCGGCAAGAUACUUUCAACCAAAGCUGUUGGAAUCAAAAGGAGGAUGAGGGAAACAAUGACGGCUGGGAGACAGUCCAGAAAAAGCCUGCUAAACGGCACCAACAGGUAAAAAUGGAUUACUGGGACAAUUACAAAAAGCCCCUUGAUGAGCAAGAUUACUCCAACGAGGUUGAAUAUGGAGUUGAGCUGGAACCCUCCGAAGAAGAGGUUUCAGAUUUAUCAAAAGCUUGCAACAAGCUCUGGGAGCUUGAUUUUAACCGCUUAGUUCCAGGAAAGGAUUACCAGAUUGAUUGUGGUGAAGGAAAGAAGGUGUACCAAAAGGAUGACAUGGCAGAAGGAUGUUUAUUUUCCUGGCUGAGUGACGACGUAUUUAACAAGCCUAAUUAUUCUCGGUUCUGUUCCCUAUUAGAUAAUUAUAAUCCACAUCAGGGAUGUAAGGAGAAUGUAACACCUGAAGAAAAGCGCGAACAAACAGCAUUCAUUGAAGAGAUCAGUAGAACUGCACCAAUUCAAUAUCUGCACAAGUAUCUGUCAUUGAAAGGCAUAGUUUCAGGUGAUUACGAAGAAUUUAAGAGAAUGAUGACACAUCUCUGGUUCGACCUUUAUAGUCGAGGUGGUUCAUCUGCAAGCUCUUCAGCUUUUGAACAUGUUUUUGUUGGAGAGAUAAAGGAGCGCGGGGAGAAAUCAGUCUCUGGAUUUCACAACUGGCUUCAGUUCUAUUUAGAGGAAGCUAAGGGCAAUGUUGACUAUCAAGGAUAUAUUUUCCCCCGAAGGCGUGGAGAGAUUCCUGACUCAGAAACUCAACUACUCACUAUACAGUUUGAAUGGAACGGCGUCCUAAAAUCUGUGUCUAGCAGUUUGAUUGGAGUUAGCCCCGAAUUUGAAGUUGCCAUUUACACACUCUGUUACUUUGUUGGAGGUGAAGAAAACCAUGUCGAGAUUGGUCCAUAUCCUGUUAAUAUCAAAUGCUAUCGAUUGGGAGAUAACAUUGGCUCUGCUUUCCCUGUUGCUGAGUGUUGAAUGUCACACAUCAUUUCCAUCACUAUGGCCACAGAAAAUUGAUCAACAUUAUGGUAUUACUGGACCAAAUAUAUUUGUGAAAUAUUACCAUUUGUUUAAAUAUUCUUGCCCGGUAUUAUAUCCGCGCAUCUAUUGCUGUCAUAUUCCAGCUGCUGAUGAAAUGGAAUGCUCAAUAUUUUUCUAUUCUAUGAAGCUAAUAAAGAUUGUAGCUCAGCAGUGAACACUUGGGAUAUUACUUGCAAGACAUUUUAUUUCUUGGUAUUGAUCAGUUCUUCUCUAUUCA